AUGUCAAAUGCGUAUCGUUCAACAAGGUUCUCCGCGUGCUGGCAAGCUGCUCGUUCGACGGGUCGGUCCACUUGCACAAAAAAACGUCUGCCAGUUGGCAAUUUGUGUAUAAGCACACGUUCGAAGGACAGACAGUUAUUUAAAAUAAUCGUUGUUGGAGACGGAGCUGUUGGUAAAACAACAUUUGUUAAACGUCACUUGACAGGAGAGUUUGAAAAAAAAUACGCAGCGACCGUGGGAGCUGAAGUAUACCCCAUGAAGUUUUUUACGAACUAUGGUCCAAUCGUUUUUGAAGUCUGGGAUACUGCCGGACAAGAAAAGCUUGCAGGUCUUCGAGACGCCUAUUAUGUAGCUGCGCAAGGAGCGAUCCUCAUGUUUGAUGUAACAAACCGUACAUCGUACAAAAACUUACCCAGCUGGUACCGUGACGUGGUCCGUGUUUGUAAUAAAAUUCCGAUUGUUUUGCUUGGAAAUAAAGUUGAUGUGUUCGAACGGGUCGUCAAGGCUAAAAGCGUGAACUUCCAUCGCAGACACAGCUGUCAGUACUACGAAGUAUCGGCAAAAACUAAUUAUAAUUUUGAGCGUCCUUUCUUGUGGUUAGCCCGUAGACUAACAGGGCAGGUCGCGCUUGAAUUCGUCGGUGAGUACGCUCACAAACCUGAAUUUGUCAUGAACCCCAGCUUGAUCGCCAAAAAUGAAGCUGAAUUGGCCGCAGCUGCAAACGCUCAAAUUGAAGACGACGAUGAGGACGCACUUUAA